GACAGAUUUAUUCCUGAAAACAUGUCAUCUUUAGGCAAAACAGUUGCUAACCUGAGCCGAGUGGUUCCUCAUGGCCUCCUGGUGUUCUUUCCAUCCUUCUCUGUGAUGGAAAAAACCCUGGACUUCUGGAGAGCUAACGGACAUGCAGAUCGCAUUGAGACUGUAAAGCCCAUGUUUGUUGAACCUAGAGGAAAGGGCACCUUUAAUGAGGUUAUGGACGGAUAUUACAACAAAGUCAAUGAUCCAUCAUCCAAAGGGGGAAGCUUUUUCGCUGUGUGUCGAGGAAAGGCGAGUGAGGGUCUGGAUUUUGCAGACACCUUUGGUCGGGGUGUGGUCAUCACUGGCCUUCCUUUCCCCCCGAGGAUGGACCCUCGAGUCGUCCUGAAGAUGCAGUUCCUGGAUGAGAUGUGUCGAAAGAAAGCUCCUGGGGUGAAGGAGUGGUACAGCCAGCAGGCUUUCAGAGCUGUGAACCAGGCCAUUGGCAGAGUCAUUCGCCACAAGGACGACUACGGAGCCAUCCUGCUGUGUGAUCAGAGGUUUAAAAGCUCUAAUGCACGGGCCCAGCUUCCCUCCUGGGUCAGGCCUUACGUGCGUGUGUACAGCAGCUUUGGGAAUGUGAUCCGAGACCUGUCCCAGUUCUUCAGGGUGGCCCAGAAACUGAGGCCUGUGGCAGAGAAGAAGGGUGCAGCAGAGAGCUGUGAGGCAGUGUGUCUAUCAGCCCCUCUGUCCUCCUGCUCCACUUCCUGCUCACCAUCCCAAAGCUCCAUCACCCAGAAGGCCAAGGUGCUGGACGCCCACCUCCCCAGCCUGAAGAGGAGGAGACUGAAUGACCACUCUGGAGCCGCUGGGAUGGCCAGGAUCUGUGUGGAGUAUGAGUGUGAGCUGCAGGAGAGUCAGAGGAGGCCCGCCAACCUGCUGGAUGCUCUGGAGCGGGGGGACCACCACAGUGGGGAGGAUGAGGGUGCUGCUGUGGGAGAAGAGAAG